AUGAUUGAAACACAACAACAUUCACCUCAGCCUCUUUCCAUGUCAUCACCACCACACCAGCAACAACUCUCCUCAAGAGUGACAAAACGUCGACGCAAUCGUGAAACUCCACCUCGACCGCUAAACUCCUUCAUGAUCUAUCGACGAGAAUAUCAGAAACGGAUCAAGGAAGAGAAUCCCAAUAUUCUAUUAUCUGAACUAUCGAGGAUCUCAAAAUCCGCUGCAGAUCGAUGGGCGAAUGAAUCGCAACAAGUAAAACAGCUAUACGCGGAGAAAGCAAAAGCCGAGAAAGAAGCGCACAUGAAAUUAUACCCAAAUUACGUGUAUUGUCCACGAAGACCCUCGCGAACUAAACCACGAAAGAAAUCAGCGUCCAUUUCGGGUUCCGAGAGUUCUUCCGAAAAAAUCGAGAGUUUUGACAACCCUCGCAUUUGUUUUCAAUCUAUCAUUGUCAAUAUUUCCAUUCUCUCUCCUAAAUAA